CUGGGUUCUUCGGAGAGGUGAUUUAUCAAAAUCAAAAAAACAAAAAGGUCUUUCCUUUUUUUUUCUUUCAUCGCCAUGCCUUUACCUUGGAAGAAAUCGAAAUCUAGUCGGAUCUCUAGAUUCGUAUCAGACCUUCAACAAUCUCCAAAACAUGGUGGAUCUCUCGUUGUUGAAACUGGAUUCCCAACUUCUUUAAUCGAUCUCUUUGUUAAGAAUCGCGAUCGUCUCAAGAAACAAUCUUCAAAACGUAACAACAAGAACAACAAAGCCCAGACGACGGUACAGACUCAAACCGCUCCGACAAAACGGCGUGUUUUGUCUCCGCCUCCUCCUCCUCUGUCUUUGCAGCGUCGUAUGUCUCUUCCUUCGAAGCUUGAUCCAGCUUUGGUUACAGAGGAUCCUCCUUUGGUGAGUAAGAUCGAGGAAUGUUUUGUUCCGGAGAAUAGACAUUACGGUGAAGACGACGGUGGAAACGGUGGUAAUCGCGUCGGAGGAGGAGGAGGGUGUGUUUUAAUGGUGGUGGUGUUUAAGGUUUUCAUGGUGGCGGUGCUCGCGUUGAGCACGAAGAAGCUCGCCGUGGGGAUCACGCUCUCUGCUUUUUCCCUUCUCUUCCUCGAGCUCGCGGUGGCGCGUGUCUUCACGUACCUGAAUCUCUGUCCCGACGCGCAGAUUCGGAUAGAUUCGUUGAUCGAUAAACUCAUAGGGAAGCGACAUAAAGAGAAGCUAGAAGAAGAAGAAGAAUCGACAUCGACGCAUGACAGAAGAAACAAUGUAUCGUCUGAAAUCAUCGAAGAACCUAGAGAGGAAAUUAAAGUCGUUCCUCAAUCGGAUUCGUCGACAUUGGAGAAGGCUAAACCUGUGGUGGAGGAGAAGAAGGACGUGCAAACGAUAAGAGAUGUUGUGUUUAAGACUGAGAAAAGCAAAAGCGCGAAGCUUAAAUCAAAGAUUGUGAAGAAGAUUGUGCCAAAGAAGUUAAGGAGUUAUAAGAAGAAGAAGAAGAUGAAGAUGAAAGAAAAAGAAGAAGAAGAAGCUGAAGUUGAAACUGAAGAAGAAGGGUCUGUGACAGAAGUAUCAAGCUUGUUUUCAGAUGAAAGAAUCGGAAGCGAAAUCUCUGAGAGAGAUGAUUUAAGUUCGAAUCCGCCAUUGUUAGAGAGUUGUACAGAGAUUGAAGAAGAAGAAGAAGAAGAAAUUGGAUCAAAAGGGGAUCUAACGAAAGCGAUGGUUCUGAUAGUGAUUGUUCUUGUUGGAUUGUUAAGUGGGAAAGUUUUUGCUAUUGGUCUGACACUCUCUUGGUGUCUGAUUCUCAGAGUUUUCUGCUGCAAAUCUCAAACCAGUCUCUGAAACAGAGGAAAAAUAAAAGAUUCAGACUUUG